AUGGCCGAUUCUGAGCCAUCAUAUAUCGAUUACGAAGCUUUCCUUGAUCCCUCAUUCUCCCCUUCUGCUUUCGCCAACACCCUUGUCACCAGCACAAACAACCCGUCCGAUACCCCACUUGAUCUCUCGACUCCAUUGUCUCGUGUCCUCUUCGAUAUCCAAGAAAUCGACACCCAUAUCCAUACAUUGGCUACGAAAUCUGCGCUUCCACUACUUACACAUACGCGCGGCCAGACCGACGCUGGUCAGCGGGUUUUGGAGGCGGUAGAAGGGCAGGUUUCUGCAUUAAGGGAGGGAUAUAGGAGGCUGGAGAAGGAUGUUUUAGAGCGGUGGGAAAGUGCGGAGGAGGUUCGAGGUGCUGCCGAAAGAUCAUGGGCAACUGUGAGAUUAGCAAGGGCUGUGGGAAGGUGUUUGGUUCUAGGUAGGCAGCUGGAAGGCCAGAUGCUGGAGUUGACUGGCCGCCCAGUUGGAGCAGGCCCAGACAGUGGAAGCUCGCUUGUGGUAGAAGAUCAUAGGGCACUUGUGCGGGCUUCUAAUACGCUGUUAAUGCUUCGGCGGAUGUUUACCACCACUGAAGAUGAGGAGUGUUUUGGGCUUGAUCGAGUUAAGGUGAUAAGGACUCUGAGAAGUGAUCUGAUCUCUCCAGCCGAGAGCGCGGUCAAAGCCAGAAGCAACACAAAUUAUCAAUAA